UAUAAUCUAUUAUCAGUGGCAUUUUUCUGUCAACAAUUGAGUCACCUUCAUUUUGACCUAAGGAAUAAAAUUAAAACUUUUAUAAAUUUUUUUAAAUAAAAAGUAUUAGUAAUAAUGGAACUAGUCGGUUUCGUACAUAAAUACGAAUGGGGAAAAACUGGGAAGGAUUCUGCUGUUGCCCAGCUUGCGGCACUGAAUGAUCCUGAAUUUAAUGUUGAACCACAUACUCCUUACGCUGAACUCUGGAUGGGUUCUCAUCCCAGUGGACCAUCCAAGUACAAAUCUAGUGGUGAUGUCUUACAAGAAGAACUACCAUUUUUAUUAAAGGUGUUAAGUAUAAAUAAAGCACUGAGUAUACAAGUUCAUCCAAAUAAGUCAGAAGCCAAGUUACUGCACAUGAAAGAACCGAAAAUAUAUAAAGACCCCAAUCAUAAGCCUGAAAUGGCAAUUGCGCUUACGCCAUUUGUAGGAUUAUGCGGGUUUCGACCACUACCAGAAAUAAGAGAUAUAUUAAUAAAUAUCACUCCACUCAAGGAAUUGGCUGUGAAAGAUUCUAAUGAUCUCGAUCUUUUGGUUGCAAAUGAUGAACUUGGCUUACGCAAUUGUUAUAAAACAUUGAUGAACGCUGACGUGGCCACAAUUGGCAAAUGCAUUGAUACAAUUUCAAAAGACUAUGGCAAAGAAUUAUGUAACUAUGGCGUUCUGGAAAUUUUUAAUACUCUAAAAAAUGACUUUCCAAAUGACGUUGGCGUACUCUCACUAUUCUUUUUAAAUGUCGUCCGCCUUCAACCUGGUCAAGCAAUGUUUCUUGGAGCAAAUCAAAUUCACGCUUAUCUAUCAGGUGAUUGUGUCGAAUGUAUGGCUUGUUCGGAUAAUGUAAUACGAGCUGGAUUGACACCUAAAUAUAAAGACCUCAAACAGCUACUCAGCUCGUUGGUAUAUAAAGGCGAUCUAGCUGAAAGCAAAAUUUUUACUCCAGAACGAUUUGAUGAUCACCGGUUAGUAUUCAAGCCACCAGUUGAAGAUUUUUCUUUGAUACAAUUAAAACUGCAACCUUCAGAUGGAGAAUAUAUUUUAAAAAUUGAACAGAGUCCUGGUAUAUUACUUGUAAUAAGUGGACAACGUUAUUUGGAAACCAAAGGUUUAAAGCAAAUAAAGCUAAAACGUGGCGCCAUUGUAUAUUUACCCUUCGAAGCUGGCACAGAAAUACGUUUCUUAUCUAAUGAAGAGCCUGAAAACCAGGAAUUUUUGGCUUACAUCAGUACUCCAAAUGCACCACUAUUCGUAAAAACGUAGUACACUAUAGACGAUGCGUAUAUGUAUAUAUAUUUUUAAAUAAGAAUUUGAUUUUAGACUUUUGCUAUGUUUAUAUUCGUUAAAAGUAUUUUUAUCAGCAUGAUAACUGUUAUAAAUAAAUUGAGUGAUUAUUUUA